UAACAAUCCAAAUUUUCCUCUUCUUUUUUAUUGUUUGGGUUUUUAAUUUUCUAAAGCUAUUUAACGUCAUGGUUAAAAAUGUUUAUGUAGUGUUCCACGUCGAAGUACUUGUAGAAAAGUCUUCUCUCUCUCUAUCUUUCCCCCGUUAUAAAUUAAACCCCACACAUUGAUCCUUAGUCCAUAAGCAAAUAUCAAAACCAACAAAAAAAAAUAAUCUCAUUAUCUCUCUAACUACAGAGAUGGAGAAGAACGUACCAUUAAGCAAGAAGCUAUGGAACAUCGUACGUUUUGUAAUGUACAUGUUACACAAAGGCAUCUCAAAGCAAAAGCUCCUCGCCGACUUUAACGCCACUCUAAAACGCGGCAAGAAUCUCAUCUUCCACAGCCGCCGCCGCGUCCCAGCCUCAGCUACCACCGCCACCGCCGCGUCCCUACCGCGGAAAGAAUACGAGUUUAGCUGCAGCGACACUCCAAACUACUCAUUUCCCUUUAACAUGGCCUCCUUCAAGAAGAAGACUCACAACAACAUUAGUCUCUUCACGUGCGGUCACGCGCCACCGACCCUAGAAGACGACACUUCCACCUCUAGAGCCGUGGUUGAGCUUCUCAGCGGCGGAGGCAAUCAAGAAACCGGCAAUAACACGCCGGCUUUGACGGCGUUGUCUCCUUACUUGCCCGGGUUUGGACGGAGUUCUGCGUCAGUGAGACCUUUACGCGUGACGGACUCACCGUUCCCGUUACGGGAAGAUGGUGACGUGACUAACGGACAUGUGGACAAAGCGGCGGAUGAGUUUAUAAAGAAGUUUUACAAGAACUAUCAGCAAAAGAAGAUGAUUGAGUUCUCACCUAAUUAAUAAAUCUAUUCCUAAAUAUUUUAUAUCUAUUCUGCUGAUUAUUUACGAAGUUAUAAUAAUAUUUUUGGUGGGAGGGUGGGGAUUAUUUUCUCAUUUCUUGAUGAAAUUAGAUUAUCAUGAAUAAAAAUUUAUUGAGUGAAAAUUCUCUACGUUAAUUUAGAAAGUGUAAUUGAUUGUUAAGAGACUAUAUUCGUUGAACAAAUUGAAAAUUUUGUAACAAAUUAGCUGAACAACGUUUUGGAUAGGUGCUUUCUGUUUUCUAUUUUGGUAAAAUAAGCGCUUUCUGUUGUUGUUGGUUAUCUUUGUUUAAUUAUUCACGUAAAGACUUAUAUUUGCAACCUUGGAUUCUUGAUGUUGUCAUAUUCGUACGGUUUUGAGAAUCAAAGUGUCAUUCACGUAUUCAGUAUAUUGAUUGUGAUUUCUGAAACCUUUUUUUCAUUAUAUACCACGAUCUUGUCAUUGUUUUUACGAUUUUACUAGUUUGAUUUCUAUAGGCUUAUAUAUUUAAAAGGUGCAAGUGUAACCAAUAUACCUUCAGUAAAGUUUUUGAAUAUAUGAACUGGAUAUUUCAUGAGGCCACUUGUGUUGUACUUUCAGGUUAUCAGGGUUGCAGUAAAUAUUGAUACAAUGCUUGAACCUUGUUACCUCUGUUUUUCUGUGCUUUUCGUUUCUCUUUUCUUAGGGGCAGUAGCGGCCCUGGACAGAAACCAUGGAAGCAUAAGCUUCCGGCCCUGUAAAAAUAUAUAUAUUUUUUCGGCCAAUAAUUUAUAUAAUUUCUUGUAGCUUGGUUGGUUAAACCAUGAAGUGAUAGUACAAAAAA